CACCUGCUCUCACCACCAGCACCUGCUCUCACCACCAGCAUCUGCUCUCACCACAAGCACCUGCUCUCACCACAAGCACCUGCUCUCACCACAAGCACCUGCUCUCACCACCACCAGCACCUGCUCUCACCACAAGCACCUGCUCUCACCACCAGCACCUGCUCUCAAAACCACCAGCACCUGCUCUCACCACAAGCACCUGCUCUCACCACCACAAGCACCUGCUCUCACCACCACAAGCACCUGCUCUCACCACCACCAGCACCUGCUCUCACCACAAGCACCUGCUCUCAUCACAAGCACCUGCUCUCACCACCAGCACCUGCUCUCAAAACCACCAGCACCUGCUCUCACCACAAGCACCUGCUCUCACCACCACAAGCACCUGCUCUCACCACCACCAGCACCUGCUCUCACCACCACCAGCACCUGCUCUCACCACAAGCACCUGCUCUCACCACCAGCACCUGCUCUCACCACCACCAGCACCUGCUCUCACCACAAGCACGUGCUCUCACCACCACCAGCACCUGCUCUCACCACAAGCACGUGCUCUCACCACCACAAGCACCUGCUCCCACCACCACAAGCACCUGCUCUCACCACCACCAGCACCUGCUCUCACCACAAGCACCUGCUCUCAUCACAAGCACCUGCUCUCACCACCAGCACCUGCUCUCAAAACCACCAGCACCUGCUCUCACCACAAGCACCUGCUCUCACCACCACAAGCACCUGCUCUCACCACCACCAGCACCUGCUCUCACCACCACCAGCACCUGCUCUCACCACAAGCACCUGCUCUCACCACCAGCACCUGCUCUCACCACCACCAGCACCUGGUCUCACCACAAGCACCUGCUCUCACCACCACCAGCACCUGCUCUCACCACAAGCACCUGCUCUCACCACCAGCACCUGCUCUCACCACCAGCAUCUGCUCUCACCACAAGCACCUGCUCUCACCACAAGCACCUGCUCUCACCACAAGCACCUGCUCUCACCACCACAAGCACCUGCUCUCACCACCACCAGCACCUGCUCUCACCACCACCAGCACCUGCUCUCACCACAAGCACCUGCUCUCACCACCACAAGCACCUGCUCUCACCACCACCAGCACCUGCUCUCACCACAAGCACCUGCUCUCACCACAAGCACCUGCUCUCACCACCAGCACCUGCUCUCAAAACCACCAGCACCUGCUCUCACCACAAGCACCUGCUCUCACCACCACAAGCACCUGCUCUCACCACCACCACCACCUGCUCUCACCACAAGCACCUGCUCUCACCACAAGCACCUGCUCUCACCACCAGCACCUGCUCUCAAAACCACCAGCACCUGCUCUCACCACAAGCACCUGCUCUCACCACAAGCACCUGCUCUCACCACCACAAGCACCUGCUCUCACCACCACCAGCACCUGCUCUCACCACAAGCACCUGCUCUCACCACAAGCACCUGCUCUCACCACCAGCACCUGCUCUCAAAACCACCAGCACCUGCUCUCACCACAAGCACCUGCUCUCACCACCACAAGCACCUGCUCUCACCACCAGCACCUGCUCUCAAAACCACCAGCACCUGCUCUCAAAACCACCAGCACCUGCUCUCACCACAAGCACCUGCUCUCACCACCACAAGCACCUGCUCUCACCACCACCAGCACCUGCUCUCACCACAAGCACCUGCUCUCACCACAAGCACCUGCACUCACCACCAGCACCUGCUCUCAAAACCACCAGCACCUGCUCUCACCACAAGCACCUGCUCUCACCACCACAAGCACCUGCUCUCACCACCACCAGCACCUGCUCUCACCACAAGCACCUGCUCUCACCACAAGCACCUGCUCUCACCACCAGCACCUGCUCUCAAAACCACCAGCACCUGCUCUCACCACAAGCACCUGCUCUCACCACCACAAGCACCUGCUCUCACCAUCACCAGCACCUGCUCUCACCACAAGCACCUGCUCUCACCACAAGCACCUGCUCUCACCACCAGCACCUGCUCUCACCACAAGCACCUGCUCUCACCACAAGCACAAGCACCUGCUCUCACCACAAGCACCUGCUCUCACCACAAGCACACUGCUCUCACCACAAGCACCUGCUCUCACCACAAGCACCUGCUCUCACCACAAGCACCUGCUCUCACCACAAGCACCUGCUCUCACCACAAGCACCUGCUCUCACCACAAGCACCUGCUCUCACCACAAGCACCUGCUCUCACCACAAGCACCUGCUCUCACCACAAGCACCUGCUCUCACCACAAGCACCUGCUCUCACCACAAGCACCUGCUCUCACCACAAGCACCUGCUCUCACCACAAGCACCUGCUCUCACCACAAGCACCUGCUCUCACCACAAGCACCUGCUCUCACCACAAGCACCUGCUCUCACCACAAGCACCUGCUCUCACCACAAGCACCUGCUCUCACCACAAGCACCUGCUCUCACCACAAGCACCUGCUCUCACCACAAGCACCUGCUCUCACCACAAGCACCUGCUCUCACCACAAGCACCUGCUCUCACCACAAGCACCUGCUCUCACCACAAGCACCUGCUCUCACCACAAGCACCUGCUCUCACCACAAGCACCUGCUCUCACCACAAGCACCUGCUCUCACCACAAGCACCUGCUCUCACCACAAGCACCUGCUCUCACCACAAGCACCUGCUCUCACCACAAGCACCUGCUCUCACCACAAGCACCUGCUCUCACCACAAGCACCUGCUCUCACCACAAGCACCUGCUCUCACCACAAGCACCUGCUCUCACCACAAGCACCUGCUCUCACCACAAGCACCUGCUCUCACCACAAGCACCUGCUCUCACCACAAGCACCUGCUCUCACCACAAGCACCUGCUCUCACCACAAGCACCUGCUCUCACCACAAGCACCUGCUCUCACCACAAGCACCUGCUCUCACCACAAGCACCUGCUCUCACCACAAGCACCUGCUCUCACCACAAGCACCUGCUCUCACCACAAGCACCUGCUCUCACCACAAGCACCUGCUCUCACCACAAGCACCUGCUCUCACCACCAGCACGUGCUCUCACCACCACCAGCACCUGCUCUCACCACCACCAGCACCUGCUCUCACCACAAGCACCUGCUCUCACCACCAGCACCUGCUCUCACCACCACCAGCACCUGCUCUCACCACAAGCAAGUGCUCUCACCACCACCAGCACCUGCUCUCACCACAAGCACGUGCUCUCACCACCACAAGCACCUGCUCCCACCACAAGCACCUGCUCUCACCACCAGCACUUGCUCUCACCACCAGCAUCUGCUCUCACCACAAGCACCUGCUCUCACCACAAGCACCUGCUCUCACCACAAGCACCUGCUCUCACCACCACAAGCACCUGCUCUCACCACAAGCACCUGCUCUCACCACAAGCACCUGCUCUCACCACAAGCACCUGCUCUCACCACCAGCACCUGCUCUCACCACCACCAGCACCUGCUCUCACCACAAGCACCUGCUCUCACCACCACAAGCACCUGCUCUCACCACCACCAGCACCUGCUCUCACCACAAGCACCUGCUCUCACCACAAGCACCUGCUCUCACCACCAGCACCUGCUCUCAAAACCACCAGCACCUGCUCUCACCACCAGCACCUGCUCUCACCACCACAAGCACCUGCUCUCACCACCACCAGCACCUGCUCUCACCACAAGCACCUGCUCUCACCACCAGCACCUGCUCUCACCACCACCAGCACCUGCUCUCACCACAAGCACGUGCUCUCACCACCACCAGCACCUGCUCUCACCACAAGCACGUGCUCUCACCACCACAAGCACCUGCUCCCACCACAAGCACCUGCUCUCACCACCAGCACCUGCUCUCACCACCAGCAUCUGCUCUCACCACAAGCACCUGCUCUCACCACAAGCACCUGCUAUCACCACAAGCACCUGCUCUCACCACCACAAGCACCUGCUCUCACCACAAGCACCUGCUCUCACCACAAGCACCUGCUCUCACCACAAGCACCUGCUCUCACCACCAGCACCUGCUCUCAAAACCACCAGCACCUGCUCUCACCACAAGCACCUGCUCUCACCACCACAAGCACCUGCUCUCACCACCACCAGCACCUGCUCUCACCACCACCAGCACCUGCUCUCACCACAAGCACCUGCUCUCACCACCAGCACCUGCUCUCACCACCACCAGCACCUGCUCUCACCACCACCAGCACCUGCUCUCACCACAAGCACCUGCUCUCACCACCAGCACCUGCUCUCACCACCACCAGCACCUGCUCUCACCACAAGCACGUGCUCUCACCACCACCAGCACCUGCUCUCACCACAAGCACGUGCUUUCACCACCACAAGCACCUGCUCCCACCACAAGCACCUGCUCUCACCACCAGCACCUGCUCUCACCACCAGCAUCUGCUCUCACCACAAGCACCUGCUCUCACCACAAGCACCUGCUCUCACCACAAGCACCUGCUCUCACCACAAGCACCUGCUCUCACCACCAGCACCUGCUCUCAAAACCACCAGCACCUGCUCUAACCACAAGCACCUGCUCUCACCACCACAAGCACCUGCUCUCACCACCACCAGCACCUGCUCUCACCACAAGCACCUGCUCUCACCACAAGCACCUGCUCUCACCACCAGCACCUGCUCUCAAAACCACCAGCACCUGCUCUCACCACAAGCACCUGCUCUCACGACCACAAGCACCUGCUCUCACCACCACCAGCACCUGCUCUCACCACCACCAGCACCUGCUCUCACCACAAGCACCUGCUCUCACCACCAGCACCUGCUCUCACCACCACCAGCACCUGCUCUCACCACAAGCACGUGCUCUCACCACCAGCAGCACCUGCUCUCACCACAAGCACGUGCUCUCACCACCACAAGCACCUGCUCUCACCACAAGCACCUGCUCUCACCACAAGCACCUGCUCUCACCACAAGCACCUGCUCUCACCACCAGCACCUGCUCUCAAAACCACCAGCACCUGCUCUCACCACAAGCACCUGCUCUCACCACCACAAGCACCUGCUCUCACCACCACCAGCACCUGCUCUCACCACAAGCACCUGCUCUCACCACAAGCACCUGCUCUCACCACCAGCACCUGCUCUCAAAACCACCAGCACCUGCUCUCACCACAAGCACCUGCUCUCACCACCACAAGCACCUGCUCUCACCACCACCAGCACCUGCUCUCACCACCACCAGCACCUGCUCUCACCACAAGCACCUGCUCUCACCACCAGCACCUGCUCUCACCACCACCAGCACCUGCUCUCACCAUAAGCACGUGCUCUCACCACCACCAGCACCUGCUCUCACCACAAGCACGUGCUCUCACCACCACAAGCACCUGCUCCCACCACAAGCACCUGCUCUCACCACCAGCACCUGCUCUCACCACCAGCAUCUGCUCUCACCACAAGCACCUGCUCUCACCACAAGCACCUGCUCUCACCACAAGCACCUGCUCUCACCACCACCAGCACCUGCUCUCACCACAAGCACCUGCUCUCACCACCAGCACCUGCUCUCAAAACCACCAGCACCUGCUCUCACCACAAGCACCUGCUCUCACCACCACAAGCACCUGCUCUCACCACCACAAGCACCUGCUCUCACCACCACCAGCACCUGCUCUCACCACAAGCACCUGCUCUCAUCACAAGCACCUGCUCUCACCACCAGCACCUGCUCUCAAAACCACCAGCACCUGCUCUCACCACAAGCACCUGCUCUCACCACCACAAGCACCUGCUCUCACCACCACCAGCACCUGCUCUCACCACCACCAGCACCUGCUCUCACCACAAGCACCUGCUCUCACCACCAGCACCUGCUCUCACCACCACCAGCACCUGCUCUCACCACAAGCACGUGCUCUCACCACCACCAGCACCUGCUCUCACCACAAGCACGUGCUCUCACCACCACAAGCACCUGCUCCCACCACCACAAGCACCUGCUCUCACCACCACCAGCACCUGCUCUCACCACAAGCACCUGCUCUCAUCACAAGCACCUGCUCUCACCACCAGCACCUGCUCUCAAAACCACCAGCACCUGCUCUCACCACAAGCACCUGCUCUCACCACCACAAGCACCUGCUCUCACCACCACCAGCACCUGCUCUCACCACCACCAGCACCUGCUCUCACCACAAGCACCUGCUCUCACCACCAGCACCUGCUCUCACCACCACCAGCACCUGGUCUCACCACAAGCACCUGCUCUCACCACCACCAGCACCUGCUCUCACCACAAGCACCUGCUCUCACCACCAGCACCUGCUCUCACCACCAGCAUCUGCUCUCACCACAAGCACCUGCUCUCACCACAAGCACCUGCUCUCACCACAAGCACCUGCUCUCACCACCACAAGCACCUGCUCUCACCACCACCAGCACCUGCUCUCACCACCACCAGCACCUGCUCUCACCACAAGCACCUGCUCUCACCACCACAAGCACCUGCUCUCACCACCACCAGCACCUGCUCUCACCACAAGCACCUGCUCUCACCACAAGCACCUGCUCUCACCACCAGCACCUGCUCUCAAAACCACCAGCACCUGCUCUCACCACAAGCACCUGCUCUCACCACCACAAGCACCUGCUCUCACCACCACCAGCACCUGCUCUCACCACAAGCACCUGCUCUCACCACAAGCACCUGCUCUCACCACCAGCACCUGCUCUCAAAACCACCAGCACCUGCUCUCACCACAAGCACCUGCUCUCACCACCACAAGCACCUGCUCUCACCAUCACCAGCACCUGCUCUCACCACAAGCAUCUGCUCUCACCACAAGCACCUGCUCUCACCACAAGCACCUGCUCUCACCACAAGCACCUGCUCUCACCACCACAAGCACCUGCUCUCACCACCACCAGCACCUGCUCUCACCACAAGCACCUGCUCUCACCACAAGCACCUGCUCUCACCACAAGCACCUGCUCUCACCACCACAAGCACCUGCUCUCACCACCACCAGCACCUGCUCUCACCACAAGCACCUGCUCUCACCACAAGCACCUGCUCUCACCACCAGCACCUGCUCUCAAAACCACCAGAACCUGCUCUCACCACAAGCACCUGCUCUCACCACCACAAGCACCUGCUCUCACCACCACCAGCACCUGCUCUCACCACAGUGGCGUCGGCAUCAGCAGCAGGGGCAGGAGAGGCACCAGAGAUGGGAGGUUCAAGGGAUGUGGAGCAGGGAGGGGGGAACGAGGAGGCUGCGGCAGAAGCAGGUACUGAAAGUGCGCAAGCAUCCCUUUGCAUUGCCCCAGCGCAGAGCCUGGAUGUGCAUGGUGUUGUGCAGUGCGUUAACCUGCACGUUGCGGUGCAGCAGAGGCACCGUUAUGCCCGGAGGAGGCUAGAGGGGGAGGGGGGGGGGGAGUGUGGGAGAGAGGAGAUGUAG